CCCUCUACUGGAACAUUAAACCGGAAACAUGGCGUUGGCAGCGCGAGCCGUAUUGCGGACUUUCCUCACUAGGAACGCUGGAUUAAAUUCAAGAAAUAUAAAAGGAGUUGCAUUAAGUCGAAACGCGGUGACAUCAACAUCAGGAGCUAUCCUCCCCAAACCAGAGAAAGUCCCGUUCGGUGCCGUGCGCAUGGCAGUGCUGGUGGUCCCAUUCCUCUACGUGGGCACGUGCAUCAGCAAGCAGUUUGCAGCAAUUCUGGAGGAGCACGAUAUCUUCGUUCCUGACGAUGAUGAUGACUGAGUAACCUCACGCUGGGUCGCGCUGUGUGACUGGGGAAGCAAACCGUUCCACACUCUGAAGAUAACUCUAAGCGGGAUCAUUGCAAUAGUGUGCCUGUCCAUCAGUUACUGUUUACACACACACAUGCCACGCAUUCAGUGCCUGACUCUUAACGUUUUAUCGAGUUUUUAAAUGAAUUAAAGCCAAAGUCUUAAAGCAUUAUGUCUGUCUGAACAUACAGUCUUGUUGCAGUGGAAUAAAACACUUGACUCGUGUCAGAUUAAAAUAUGUUUUAAAGUAA